AUGACUGGUGGAAUAAGUGGGGUAAUGGAAGCAAGAUCAAACAAAUGGGAUGAUAGCAGAAUAGAAUCUUUGAAGAAGAAAAAAAAUCAGCUGGAAUCUGAAAUGUCAGAGCUUGGGUCUCCCAGGGAGUUGCAGAGAAAGGAGCUUGCCAUAUCUGAGAAAAUAACUGGACUUGAGAAAAAGUUGCAGUACUUGAAUGUUGAACAUAGUAACCUCACAGCGAAGCUACUCAAAGUGGCAUCGGAGAGGAAUAAUAUUGAGGAAGAGAUUAAUCGUCUGGAGCCUGAAAAGGAGGAGCUCGAGAUCCGUCUUGCUAAGAAAGAAGCAGAAGUAACCAAGCUUGAGAAAAAAACAAUGAGAUUGUGGACAAGGCUUGAAUAUGAACAAAAGCGAGAUAUGCAAGCACCAAUUGUGAAGUUAAGGGAGACAUAUGAGUCUCUAGAGAAAGAGCUUAAGGGCUUACAGGAGAGAGAGUCUGGUGCUAAGGUUGAAGCUGAAGAAAUUUUGACUCAGAUGGAUGAACUGAAAGCUGAGGCUGAAGACUGGAAAUCCAAGUCAGAUGAAUGUGAGAAGGUUAUUGAUGAACUAAAGGAGCAGAAUGGUAGUAUUGCAUCUACAUUGGCAAAGCUGGAUCGCCGAGUGAAGUCAAAGGAGGGGCAACUCCUGCAACUCAUGUCACGCCAACGGGAUAUUCAUGAGAAGUGUGAACUGGAGCAGUUGAAGCUUCCUACAGUGAAUGAUCCAAUGGAUACCGGGCCAUCCUCCCAAGAACCGGUCCUUGAUUACAGCCAGCUCAGCGAAAUCUAUCUGCAGGAUAUGCGGCCGUCUGAACGUGACAAACAUGAGGCAGUGUUCAAACAAAAAACAGGUGCGCUUUUAGCUGAAAUCGAGCGCACUGCUCCCAAUCUAAAAGCACUGGAUCAAUAUGAUGCACUCCAAAGAAAGGAAAAGGAGAUUACAGAAAAGUUUGAGGCAACUAGGAAAGAAGAGCGAGAGAUAUCUGAUAAAUAUAACUCCAUCAAGCAAAGGAGGUAUGAACUGUUCAUGGAGGCCUUUGAUCACAUAUCUAAAGGCAUAGACAAAAUCUAUAAGCAGUUGACAAAAAGUCAUACGCAUCCACUUGGAGGAACAGCAUAUUUGAACCUAGAAAAUGAAGACGAACCAUUUCUACAUGGAAUCAAGUACACAGCAAUGCCACCUACCAAACGGUUUAGAGAUAUGGAACAGUUAUCCGGUGGGGAGAAGACUGUCGCAGCACUGGCUUUGCUUUUUGCUAUUCACAGUUUCAGGCCAUCACCCUUCUUCAUAUUGGAUGAAGUAGAUGCUGCUCUGGACAAUUUAAAUGUUGCCAAGGUUGCUGGGUUUAUCAGAUCAAAGUCAUGUGAGCGUGUUGCUGAUGAACAAGGUAGGAAUGGAGAAUGUGGAUUCCAGAGUAUAGUCAUAUCGCUGAAGGAUAGUUUCUAUGACAAAGCUGAAGCACUGGUCGGCGUUUAUAGGGACUCAGAACGAAGUUGCUCGAGAACUCUCACCUUCGAUCUGACUAAGUACAGGGAAGCGUGA